UGUAGGAUGAAUGAUCCAGACUGUUCCGGCCGAAGAAGGAAAGGAACAGAUCGCAACGCCCACGCGCAUUCUUGGGAGAGGGAGGUGAGGUCCACCGGCGUGGGGUCCGGCCUGUUGCACUCCCUGCAGACGUGCCGUGGUUAGAACCGCACCUGAUACAUAACAGCUGCUCAACACACCUGAGCUCAACCCCGGCAAUAGAUGCACGAACCUCCUUCUCUACCCACCGCGCCUGCGCAGGAGCCACGCGUGCGACCAUUCCGCGCGCUCUGCGCCUGCACAACGUCUGCCUGCAUAACGUCGGCCUGCAUAGCGCCUACGCGGCUUCCGGGCCGCUUCGCUGCGCUAGGUUUGAGCUCUGUGAGCCCCGGUAGUACGGCGGCGGCGCCGUCCCGGCCUCCUCCUCGGCGUUCCCACGCCCACUCGGCGGGCUCUCGGCCUCCACGUCAGGGCCGCGCCGCGGAGAUGGCGGCUCAGAAGAUAAACGAGGGGCUGGAACACCUGGCCAAAGCAGAGAAAUACCUGAAAACUGGUUUUUUGAAAUGGAAGCCGGAUUAUGACAGCGCCGCUUCUGAGUAUGGAAAAGCAGCUGUUGCUUUUAAGAAUGCCAAACAGUUUGAGCAAGCAAAAGACGCCUGCCUGAAGGAAGCUGUGGCCCAUGAGAACAACAGGGCGUAUCUUUUCAACCUUUGGAAAUGCCUUUUUCACGCUGCCAAAGCAUACGAGCAAGCCGGCAUGAUGCUGAAGGAGAUGCAGAAACUCCCAGAGGCUGUUCACCUGAUCGAGAAGGCCAGCAUGAUGUACCUGGAGAACGGCACCCCAGACACGGCCGCCAUGGCCCUGGAGCGGGCCGGGAAGCUGAUAGAGAAUGUAGAUCCAGAAAAGGCUGUGCAGUUAUAUCAGCAGACAGCCAAUGUGUUUGAAAAUGAAGAGCGCCUGCGGCAGGCUGUCGAACUCCUGGGGAAAGCCUCCCGGCUGCUGGUGCGCGGGCGCAGGUUUGAUGAGGCGGCACUCUCUAUUCAGAAAGAGAAAAACAUUUAUAAGGAAAUUGAGAAUUAUCCAACUUGUUAUAAGAAAACAAUCGCCCAGGUCUUGGUGCACCUGCACAGAAACGACUACGUGGCGGCUGAGCGCUGUGUCCGCGAGAGCUACAGACCUGUGCGCAGGGGUGGGUGUGUGGGGCCCACACCCAUGUGUAUGUCCGGGCAGCAUCCCCGGCUUCAAUGGCAGCGAGGACUGCGCUGCCCUGGAGCAGCUCCUGGAGGGCUACGACCAGCAAGACCAGGACCAGGUGGCCGAGGUGUGCAACUCGCCGCUGUUCAAGUACAUGGACAAUGAUUAUGCAAAGCUGGGCCUGAGCCUGGUGGUCCCAGGAGGUGGCGUCAAGAAGAAGGCAGCAGCUCCCCCACAGGCCAAGCCUGAAGGCACCGCUGCCCCCGCCGCCGAGGAUGAGGAGGACGAGUACGCAGGGGGGCUGUGCUAGGCUCGGCCCUGCCGGCAUGACUGACCCCCAGACUCCGCGGAGGGCGGCCGGACUCAUGGUGUCCUGGCUCUGAUGCUGUAAGACAAGUCUAGUUCCUGGUUCCCGGACCACUGCUCUGCCCGGUGCCUGGAAGCAUUUCCUUUCUUUCCCUGACAAGAGCUCUUCUCAGACACCAGCAGGAAUUAACAGAGAAACAUCCCAUCACGUCAUACGAUAGCUGAUUUUAAAAUUGGCAAACCCAUUUCUCGAUAGACUUGUUCUAAACAAAAGGGAUAACGCGCAUGGGCAGUCUUUUCUCUUGGGCUCGUGUCAUUUGUUAGAAAAGUUGUUUGCAUUUUAUUUCUAAUUGCUGCUAAAAGUGAAGUUUACUGGUUAAACAAAGUAAUAUUGUAAACAUUUGUUUUCAUAAGGAGAUUUAUGCCCCGUAAUAAUUAGAGAUAUUUAAGUUAUUAAACCUUCAGAUGGAGUGUGGGCCAGGAGGCUGUUCUGAGCCUUACGACGUUACUUCUCCCAGAACAAAACGCACCUGGAGUGUCGUAUGGGUGCCUGAACAUUUUGACGGUGGCGUGUCCCAGGGGCCCUGUGCACAUCUGCAGCUCUCCCUGGACCGUGGGCAUUCCCUCCUAGAGCUCAGCGACAGGUCUCCUCACCCGCCAGCCUGUUGGCUGGCCUUAGUCCCGCAGACCUGUCCUCCCCCUGAGGGCCUCAGCUCAACGUGGAGGCGCUCUCCGUAAAUCUCCCGCGUGUGGCUGAGAGAGCAGGACUGGCUUCACAGGCGGGGUGCUGGUGUGCGGUUCCUUCCUGGCCUCUCCUGAUGGGUUGUCUUCAAGGUGUUCUCUGCCUGAGCUCAGCCUUCUCUCCUGGUGGGAAAAAGCCCAGACCCUGCAGUGCAGCUGAUGCCAUCCACCUGGCCUCCUGGGCUCAGGUCUGCUGGCUUCCCGGGGACACGGAGGCAGUGUCACGGGAGGACAAGGUCACCCUGAGCUCUGGGAGAGUCCAGGGAGUGUCCUUGCAGGGCGGGUGGGCAGUAGAUGAACUCUUUCUGGAAGGUCCGGGUCAGAACACUAACGAACAUCCUCCUCAAGUGCUCCCCCACCCCUCAACCUGGCACCCACGUGGUCUGUGGGCAGUGGCUCCUUCCAGCCCUUGUUUGGGGACACUGGUCUCAGUAGCAUUUGUGCUCGGUGACGUGUUAAUAGUGCACACUUGUCCUUGCUGCUGUGCCCUCCACAUCCAGCCACCCUCCAGGAGUCACCUUAAUGUGCAUUUGAGCUCGUUCACAGCCAUCUCAGCAGAUUUGGCCGCACCUAGAAGAUGCUCUCAACUGCAUUGUGUAGACUGUUAUCCAGUGCAGCCUUGGAAGAAAGGCUUCACUUCUCUUUUCCUUCAUAUUAAUAGAACAAAAAUGCGUACUGAGCCGGGGGGUCCUGCAGGGCUUGGGGGCUUGGGGAGUGGGCCUCCCAGUGCAGGGGGCUGGAACCCGGGCAUCCCUGACUACCACCACCCCACCCCCACAAGUUGCAGGGCAGGUGGCUGUUCCCGACGUCAGGGUUUCCUGCCUGGGGUCUGGCGAGAAGUGUCUCCUCUUCCUGCUCACAGCUGUUCUCCUUGGGGGUGCUCAAGAGCAGGGAGUGGUGGUCACAGCAGGGAAAGGUGUCUGAGCUCAUGUGGUCCCUUUCCCGGAGAGGGUCCACGUGCGCGUUCUCAGAGCCCAGCAGUCCCUGUGCUGUCCUGUGUGAGUGAACCAGUCUGCAGAGUCUAAUAUAUUGAACUUAACUGUACAUAUGCAGAGUGUGGUAUUUGUGUAUGAAACUGUGCUUUAUUCCUAUUUUCCAGCUUUGAUGAAUAAUAUUAAAUGUUAUGGAAAUGCUGAUUAUUGCUUCUAUGGGAAGAUAAUUACAAAAAUAAAAUGUGAAACCAUG